AUGGAGCCCCAAAUCCUUCAGCAAGGAGACGUGGCUGCCACCCAACAGCUUGACCUCUUUGACCCCAACCUACUCGCUGACAUCACCCCUCCCAACCUUUUGCUCGACGGGACCGAGGUAGGCUUACCCUCCUGCCGCAGAGGCCAGUUGACCUCGCAUGGGAACAGACGACGUGGACUGCAGCCUAUGGGUAUCCAGAACCCCAUUCCCUUUGCGAAUGAGGCUCGGCCCUCGGUGGGCAGGGCCAGCCUGUUUGCCAACGCCAGAGACCACAGGGGCGUACCCAGACCAAUAGCGCUCCCAGGCCAGCUGGGGGCACACCGGAGGCAGACGACAACGCAUGCCCACGACCUGCAUCCCUUGGGCGGCCGCACCGUAAACGGGGAGAUGGUGGCGCCAGGGCCAGGGAUUCAAGGUUAA